AUGGCCGACGACCAGCGUGAGACCAAAACCUCCUCUUCACCCUUCGCCAAUACUGACAGGAAAGAGCGAGAGUCGACCAGAGACGACAGCCGCAGACACAGCAGGUCGCCUCGUAGAGACAGAGACAGGCGUGAAGAUCGGCCCCGGCGCAAAGACGGGGGAUUCAAAUGGAAGGAGAAGCGCCAAGAUGAGGACGACUCCCGACGAGACCGUGACUCAGGACUCCAACGAGGCUACAGAGACCAUUAUCGACCUCGAGCCCGAUCUCGAUCGCGAUCACGAUCACCGCCCCCACGACCUCGUUCACCACGAAGACGCGAUAGUGAGCGGGGGACGAAAAGUGACGGUGUAGAGCCGAAACGACCGGAGGAGAGGAAGGACAAGAAAGACAAGAAGGAGAAGAGGCCUGCGCCCGCGCCCGCGGUGCCGACAGAACCCAUGAUCAUCGUUUACAUCAACGAUAGGUUGGGCACGAAGAAGGCGAUUCCAUGCUAUGCCACGGAUCCAAUCAAGGACUUCAAGGUGAUUGUCGCCUCAAUGAUUGGCCGGAAGCCGCAUGAGAUCCUCCUCAAGCGACAAGGCGAAAGGCCGUUCAAGGACCAACUCACACUACAAGACUACGGCGUCAGCAACAAUGUCCAACUAGACCUCGAGGUGGACACGGGAGAUUGA